AUGGCUCAUCGAAGAUCAAAAUCAUUGCUCAUUUUAUGCUUUUAUUGUUACUAUCUAAUUGCCCUUGCUGCGAAGAGUUACUAUGACAUUCUGCAAGUUCCUAAAGGCGCUUCCGAUGACCAAAUAAAACGAGCUUACCGGAAGCUUGCUUUGAAAUAUCAUCCGGAUAAGAACCAAGGAAAUGAAGAGGCUAACAAGAAAUUUGCUGAAAUUAACAAUGCAUAUGAAGUGUUAUCCGAUGGUGAGAAGAGGAGUAUAUAUGAUAGGUACGGUGAAGAGGGACUUAAACAGCAUGCCGCCAAUGGUGGUGGUAGUAGAUCUGGCGGAAUGAAUUUUCAGGACAUAUUUAGCUCGUUUUUUGGUGGAGGCCCAACGGAAGAAGAAGAGAAGAUCGUGAAAGGCGAUGAUGUAAUUAUCGAACUGGAUGCAACACUUGAAGAUCUAUAUAUGGGGGGUUCGUUGAAGGUUUGGAGGGAGAAAAAUGUGUUAAAACCAGCCCCAGGAAAGAGACGUUGCAACUGUAGAAAUGAGGUUUAUCACAAGCAAAUUGGUCCAGGGAUGUUCCAGCAGAUGACAGAGCAGGUUUGUGAACAAUGCCCAAAUGUGAAGUUUGAAAGGGAGGGUUAUUUCGUCACCGUGGAUAUCGAAAAAGGAAUGCAGGAUGGGCAAGAAGUUGUCUUUUACGAAGAUGGGGAGCCCAUUAUAGACGGUGAAGCUGGAGACCUGAAGUUUCGCAUUCGUACUGCACCUCAUGAUCGCUUCAGGAGGGAAGGAAAUGACCUGCACACAACAGUUACUAUUACUUUGGUGCAAGCUCUUGUUGGUUUUGAGAAGACUAUCAAACACCUCGACGAUCAUUUAGUGGAUAUAAGCUUGAAGGGUAUUACGAAUCCUAAGGAAGUGAGAAAGUUUAAAGGAGAAGGAAUGCCAUUACAUUUUAGCAAUAAGAAGGGCGAUUUAUACGUCAAGUUUGAGGUUCUUUUCCCAACUUCACUAACAGAGGACCAAAAGACAAAGAUCAAGGCAAUUCUUGAUUAG